AUGAGAAAAAAAAAUAUUAUUAAAUAAUACAAUAAAUUUCUAUAACAUUUUCUCCGUUAAAACUAAUAAUUUCUAUCCUAAUCGAUUCGUCUUGCCAAAACUAAACAUUGGCGUUCUACAUAUAUAUAUCAACCUGGUGCUGUAAAAGACUUAACUGUCACUUUAAUUCCUGGAAUAGGUAUUGGUCCUGAAGUAUGUGAAUCUGUUCUUUCCGUAUUUAAUCAUGUGAACGCUCCUGUGAAAUUCGAAUCAAUUGAAAAUUUUAGUUGGGAAGAUGAAAAAGUCCGCAAAUAACUAAAAAAGAAUCGCACAAUUCUACUAGGUGUAAUUCCUGGCCAUAAAAGUGCUAAAUUUGUAGAGAAUUUCCAUUUUUAUAAAGAAUUAGGUCUCUAUGCUGAUGUAAUACCAGCUUUUUCACUUCCUGGAAUAAAUUCGAGACAUAAAAACGUAGAUGUAGUUGUAAUUAGGGAAAAUAACGAAGGAGAAUUCACUGGAAUAGAGCAUGAAGUAUAUCCAGGAGUCAUAGAAUCUAUAAAGGUAAUAACUAAAUAAGGAUCAUUAAAAGUAGCAGAAUAUGCAUUCGAAUUCGCUCAUUUAUCAGGACGAGAAAAAGUAACGGCUGUACAUAAAGCUAAUAUAAUGAAAAAAGCAGAUGGUCUUUUUUUAGAAGCAUGCAGGGAAGUUUCAAAAAAAUAUCCUUUUAUUAAAUAUGAAGAAAUGAUUAUUGAUAAUUGUUGCAUGUAAAUGGUUAAAUAUCCAUAAUAAUUCGAUGUAAUGGUCAUGCCUAAUUUAUAUGGAUCUAUUGUUAGUAAUGUUUGUGCAGGAAUUAUUGGAGGGGCAGCAUUAAGUGCAGGUGCUUGUGUAGGAAAUGAUCAUACGUUGUUUUCAUAAGGUACUAGACAUGCAGGUAAUGAUAUUGCUGGUAUGAAUAUUGUAAAUCCUACUGCAAUGUUAUUUUCAAGUAUUAUGAUGCUUUAGCAUAUGAAUUUACCGCAUUUUGCUGAUAUUAUUUCUAAUGCUAUUAAUAAAACAUUAAAUGAAGGAAAAAUCUUAACAAAAGAUGUAGGAGGAAAUGCAACUACAACUCAAUUUACGAAAGCUAUUAUAAAUAAUAUUGUUUAAUGA